CGCGGCAGGGUAUGGGAGGCGCUUCGUAGUCAAGCAACUGCCUGUCAGUCGGCUUUACGGUGCCGGUCGGACUACUUGUUCGUUGUUCUGUGCGCCUAGUAUGAUAACAUGGCCGGCAGAAUGCUAAAGUUUAUACGCGGUAAGGGGCAGCAGCCCUCUGCAGAGAGGCAGAAACUGCAAAAUGAACUGUUUGCUUUCCGCAAGACAGUACAACAUGGCUUUCCACACAGAGCGUCUGCGCUCGCCUGGGAUCCUCUUCUUAGGCUCUCAGCUCUUGGCACAGCAACUGGUGCCCUUAAAGUAUACGGUCGACCCGGCGUUGAACUGUAUGGACAACACACUAACCCAGAAUCGGCCGUCACACAUAUUCAUUUCAUACCAGGUUCUGGGCAAUUAAUUUCACUCUGCGACGACAACAGCCUACAUUUAUGGGAAAUCAACGAGAAAUCCCUUGUAGAGCUAAAGUCGCACGUAUUCGAAGGAAAAAAUAAGAAGAUUUCGGCGAUAUGCGUGGAAUCUUCCGGGAAGAACCUGCUCCUGGGUACUGAGGGUGGAAACGUUUACACUCUCGAUUGUAAUGCUUUAACUAUUAACGAGGAUGUUAUUUAUCAAGAUGUCGUCAUGCAAAACUGCCCAGAGGACUUCAAAUUGAACCCUGGUGCUGUAGAAGCAGUAUGCGAACACCCAAAAGUUCCAACCAAAAUCCUUAUUGGCUACAACAGAGGACUAGUAGUCCUCUGGGAUCGUGUCAGUUCCACACCCACGCACACCAUUGUGUGCAACCAACAGCUCGAGAGCUUGUGCUGGAACGAUGAAGGAGAGCACUUCACAUCAUCACACAACGACGGGUCGUACGUUACUUGGGAAGUGGCGAGUACGGCCAGCGAUAGACCCCUGAAAGAACCGGUCACACCGUACGGCCCCUACCCAUGCAAGUCCAUUACCAAGAUCCUCAAUAGGACUAGUGUGAACGGCGAAGAGGUCACCAUAUACGCUGGUGGUAUGCCAAGAUCGCCAUAUUCUGACAAAUACACUGUCACGGUACAACAGGGAGAUAAACAUGUUGCGUUUGACUUUACAAGUCGGGUUAUUGAUUUCUUCACAACAACACCGGUUCCGCCCGACGGAGUGCCUCUGCAAGAAGAGAGACCCGCUACUCCCGCUCAGAUACAAGUGCAGACUGUCAACCAAGUAGCUGCUGCUCUGGUGGUGCUGGUAGAAGAGGAGCUCGUUGUUAUCGACCUUUGCGACGAGAAGUGGCGUCCGUUACGGCUGCCGUACUUAGUGUCCGUGCACGCGUGCGCAGUGACUACCGCGACCCUCGUGGACAACGUGGCCGACAAUGUGUACGAUAAUAUUGUGGCUGCAGGCAAUAAACAAACCGAGAACUUAUACUCUGAGAGUCCGUGGCCCAUAUCAGGCGGUAUCGUAGAGAGUCCAGAGCCGUCCGAAAGACAAAUACUACUGACGGGCCACGAAGACGGCUCCGUACGGUUCUGGGACGUGACAGGCGUGGUUAUGACUCCGCUCUAUAAAUACACCACUGCUACGCUUUUCAGUGGUGAAGAAAUAGGCGAGAAUAACGACAGCCAAAACGACGAAGAGGAAUGGCCUCCUUUCCGCAGAAUUGGGACCUUUGAUCCUUAUAGUGAUGAUCCCCGUCUCGCCGUUAAACGAGUUCUGCUGUGCCCCUUAUCUGGUAUGCUGACGAUUGGUGGAGCAGCUGGACACAUAGUUAUCGCCAGUUUGAAGACAACCCCCAGUACUGCAGAAGUAAAGUCGAUACCUGUGAAUAUCGUCUCAGACCGCGACGGGUUCGUGUGGAAGGGUCACGACCAAUUGACGCUGCGUUCCGGUGCUCUUACGUUCCCUGCGGGGUAUCAGGCGAGUGCAGUAGGCCAGCUGUCGCCGCCGGCCGCUGUAACAGCAUUGGCGGCUCAGUGGGAGUGGGGCGUGGUUUGCGUCGGCACUGCGCACGGACUCGCGCUGCUAGACGCUCUGCGUGUUGCGCCCAUCACACACAAGUGCACGCUCAACCCGCACGAUCAUUCCGGUGCUGGCGACACGCCGAUCUCAAGGAGAAAGUCAUUCAAAAAGUCCCUCAGGGAAUCAUUCAGAAGACUUCGAAAGGGCAGAUCACAACGGCGUCAAACUACGACUUCAGCAAGUCCUACGUCACCGACACAACCAGCUAAAAGGAUAGCGGAUAAAAUAAGCGAAACGGACGCUGAAGUGAAACCAAUAGAACGUGCCGUGGAAGCGAGACCUACAGAUGACGCGUUUGGUUCAAUGGUUCGGUGCUUAUACUUCGCCCGUACCUUCCUUAUAAAUACACAAACAUCUACCCCGACGUUAUGGGCGGGCACGAACAAUGGAACCGUAUACGCUUUCACGAUAAACGUUCCUAACACAAACAAGCGGAAAGAAGAUCCGGUAACGUGUCAACUUGCGAAGGAAAUACAACUAAAGCACCGAGCUCCCGUUAUAGGUAUUACAGUAUUGGAUGGCGCUGCUGUACCUCUACCCGACCCGUUAGAGGUAGAACGUGGGGUGUCACCACUGCCCGAGAGCGGUACGCACCGAGUAGUGAUCACUUCGGAGGAACAGUUCAAGGUGUUCAGUUUACCAGCGCUGAAGCCACACAACAAGUACAAGCUGACCGCGCACGAGGGUGCAAGGGUGCGACGCACUGCGUUCUCGUGGUUCGAAUGCGGUGGGAGCGGGGCGGAUAGACAUCGCGAAUGGUGCUUGCUCUGUCUCACCAACUUGGGAGACUGCCUCGUGCUGUCACCCGACCUACGCCGACAGCUUAACGCAGCCGCAGUACGCAAGGAAGACAUUAACGGUAUUUCGAGUUUGUGCUUCUCGAAACGCGGCGAAGCUCUCUACUUACAUUCCUCUUCAGAACUGCAGAGGAUUACACUUUCUGCGACCAAGGUGACAAUUGCUCAAUGCCACGUGCUACUGUCGCCGUGGGCGGUCAAUCUGCGCGGUCCGCAAGAGGAGACGCCCCUCACUAAUGGAGAACACAGAGAAGAGCCAUCAGUAGCGGAAGCAGUUCAUGAUGUGACAGCCGCCUCGGGCGACAUAACCGUGGACUCUGUGCGCGACCACGCUGCCGAAGCGCCGGAGUUAAAUAUUAACCUACAGAACUCGCAAGUGAACACAAGCUCGAUGGUGGUGAAAACGACGACGCGGACAAACGUUAAUGAGAACAGCAUGGACGGCGUCACCACCACCACCACCACCACUACCACCAAUAACUCCACCACGGAAAACACGGACGAACUCCAAGUAGUGCCGAAACACAAGCGGGCGUCACGCACGACUGAGAAGAGCGUGCGAUGGUACUCAUGAGGUACAUGUACACACAGACGGGCACCGUGACAGUACCAGCAGGCACCGAUCCCAAGCUGAUCCUCGAGAUGUUUGACCGCCAAAGGGCGCCGCUGGCAGUGCCCGUGCCGCCGGCUGAGUCCUAACCACACCACUUCCCACCGCUGCGAACCGCUAGUUAUAAGUGUAGCCUAAGUAUCUAUACUGACGAAAAAGAUUUAAACCGCAAGUCAACUGCAAAAUUGCAGUUGAUAUAAGUGCAUACACACGCACGCAGUUCUUAUAGUAUAGCCAAAAGAUAUAUGCAGUCAGACAGCAUUUCAAGUGCUAGUCAACUGCAAAAUUGCAGUUGACAUUACUUCAUCGAUCGUUGUAUACCCAAGACCAAGGAAUAUAAGUAGACAAAGCAUUAUUAAGUUAUUUUUCACCGUCAAUAUACGUUCUCGUUUUAUAGCCGUAUUAAAAUAAUACGACUUAAAUAAGAUGUGGCUAAGACGGCGACAGUCAUUCUUCAGAAUACUGAGAAAAAUAUUAAAAGUUUUUAUCGCCUGUUGUGUAUAUUUAUAACGAGGCAGCGUAACUAGAACUCAGAUAUUGAGAAUUCAAUGUGUAAGUGUCAUAUUUUAUUUGACACUUUUUUCACGUCUAUUCACAAUCGUUGGCUAAUCUUAUUUAGAUGGUCACAAAAGUAUGUAAAAUUUAGUAUUCUGAAAAUAAACUUGCAGUUGGUAAUCUAUAUAUAUUACUUUACGAUACUUGGAGAAAAUCGCACCGUAAGGUUUUCACCAUUUUGGUAACCAGAUGAUGUUCCACCAAUCUGAUAUCGCCGUAUGCGUUUGACAGGAACUGAUGCGUUGUCUACGUAUUAUAAUUGUCUUUGAGUAGAGCUCUUGCAAUGAUAGAUGAGUUGUACUUACAAAUCUCUUGUUUCAAGACUGAGUUGAAAAUGUGCUACUAUCAAAAAAUGUGUGUCAUUGCAACUUAGGUGUUGUUAAUUAUCUGUCGCAUUGUUUUUAAUAGUACGUAGGAUAUCAUUUAGACAAUGACAUGAGACGCAUCCACACCACACAUAUUAGCUAUCUUUGAUACUUUUUGACAGAAAGAUUAACUGUGGACGUGCGAGGAAGAUUCCCACCACAUACCCACAUCUGUAAUGUUUAUUGCAGACUCGUUAUACAGCUUAAUGUACGAAAAUUAAACAAGAAACUAUGCUAUCCUACGCGUGCUUUAUUCUCUUCUACUGGCAUUGCAAGAGCUAUAAGUACCUACAUCUUUUACCUAAUUCAUCUUCACACCAAAAUGACAAUGUAAACUUUAGAUGACCUUCGUAUUUUAAGAUGUAACGUCGUUUUUUACCCUCCACGAAGCUAGUAGUAGAUUUUGUACAAUAUAAGAAUUGUAUCGAUUUAAAAAAGAAAACCCGGCGACGAAAUUUUAUUUUAUGUCGUCAUAUGAAUGCAGUUUAAUAAAUUAUAGAAGAGUAUUGACUAAAGUAGGAUUUGUACAAUUAUUAAUCAAUGGUUAAAAGAAUAAUUCACCGCAGUCCUUGUAAUGAUAGCUAUCACAAUAAAUUCAUAAUUCAGAGAUUUUGCAGUUUUAUAAAGCACGGGAAACUAAAUAAAAACUUUUUUCGUUUUUUUUUUCUUGCUUGGUGAAAAUUUCUGCCAAAGUCGCGAACUUUAAUGAAGUUCGGUUGGUCAUUUGGGUAGAGGUAAACGCAAUUUGAUAAAACUGUGUUUAGAAUCACAUUACUGUUCACGAUUUGUAUAUUAUGUAUGUAUAUUGCGAAAUCUAUUGAUGUUAUAGGUAGAAAAGCUAGCUCAAUUGCUGCACUUUUAAAAAUUGGCUAAUUAGCCAAC